CCCCCCAUUGAUUCUGAGUUUUGGUGACAGGUGUAUUUCUUAAUGCAGAUAUGAAUAGCAGUAGCUCCGUUUUGAAUACAUUGACAAGUGGAUAUGCCACCAAUGGACAUUUGGACUUCCCUUCCACGACACAGCUCAAUGGGAUGGAAAACAGGAAUGGAGAAUGCUUAACAGCACCUAAUGGAAUUAGCAGUGGAUUAAUUCCAGGACUGACUUUUGCAAAUAGCCAGAAAACUCCCUCUGUUAAUGGUGCUGAAGAAUCAGAAAAGACUAUGAACAUUUCUCCUGAUAUGUGUGGCUCUCUACACCUGAAUGGGAGCCCAAGUAGCUGUGUAGCUAAUAGACCUUCCUGGUUAGAUGAUAUUGGAGAUAAUUUGCACUAUGGACAUUACCAUGGGUUUGGAGACACAGCUGAGAGCAUCCCAGAACUUAAUAGUGUUGUUGAGCAUUCCAAUUCUGUCAAAGUGGAGGAGAAAUAUGAUAAUACUAUCUUGGGCACAAUGCACCUUUAUCAUGGUUCCUAAAAGUCAAUGUAUUUUCUUCAUUUGAAACACAUUGAUUCAUGCUGAUGACUGACUUUGGGAGGAAAUAUCCAUGUAGCAUUAAUUUGGAGAGGAAUGCCACAACUAUCAUUUUUUACACUUUGAUUUAAUGGGAAAAGUAAAGAUUCCAUUUGACGGUUUCCUAGUUAAAGUGAAGUCUUAGUUUGUUGCAUGAGUGGGACUUAGUGACUAGUUAUUGUUAUAGUGGGAUGCUCUUUCAGAAUUAAGUUCCUUUUUGACAUUUACUGGUCACCAAGCCCAAUACUAGCACCAAAAAUUGAUGUUUUACCUGUAAAAACUGAGUUGUAUACAGGUGGAGAUAGAAUUCGAGAGGCCAAAAAUAAGUGUCAUAAUUACUUAAGUUUAUUAUGCUUGGGCAUAGCUAUAAAAUUUUUUAUUUACUUUUCUAGUUGAGCCUAUAGUAAGAGAAGACCCAUGUGCUCUCCUUUUGUAAGGUCUAAACUAUUUCAGUCUUAGAAUAGAUUUCUCACACCAAUUUGCAAUGUUUAUAUGGAGGAAAGGACUUUUGUCUUGAACUCAAUGACACUUGAAAAUGAGUUUUCACCUUUUGUGUGGUAAAAUUUAUAAUUGGACAUGUACAGUCCCUUCUUUGGUGUCAGUUACCAAGUAAAAUAUUUGACUUAUGACUUGAAUGAAGUGGAGUGGGUCAGAGCCCAGUGUUUGGUGGCAAACAAAUACAGCCUGGAGUUAAUCCUAUGUUAGACUAUUUUUAUCUUGCAUUUUUACUUUAUGUGCUUAAUACUUUACCAUAGAU